AUGCACACCUUGUCAGAGAUGAGAAGUAGGGCUGGACUUAUGGUGUCAACACUAACAUGUAAUUUUGUAUUAAAAGAGUUGAUCGAGUGGGAGAAAGAGCAUAUGGUAGAGUCGGUUUACAGAGAACUGAAGAGGAAAGGGUUGAUUCCGAAUGUGUAUACAUAUGAGAUUCUGAUUAAAGGGCGUUUUAGUAUGGGUCGUUUGGAAAAAGCUUGGAAUGUAUUUGCACAAAUGAGAGAGGCUGGAGUCAAACCUAAUGCUUUCAUUAUCGGUACGUAUAUCCGCGAGCUUUGCUUGAUGAGGCGAACUGAUUUAGCCUUUCAGACGGGGAAGAUACAAGAUGCAGAAGAUGUGUUACUUAAUGACAUGAAGAUUAGAGAAGUUGUCCCUGAUGAAGAUUGUUAUGGUGCAUUAAUUCUAGAGUAUUUAAAGAAAUGGGAGACUGCUAAGGCAUUUGAUCUCUGUGAUGAAAUGAAAUCAAGAGUAGGUAUUAAAGCCGAUUAUGUGCUUAUGAGGUGCAUGAUACAAUACUUGUGUGGUGUGGGAAGUCUUGAUGAAGCUCUAUCUUUUUUCAAGGAAUUUAUGCAAAAAUCAUCAAAGGUUUUCAUUGAUGGAGUCACGUUUGAUUUUGCGAUUGAUGCUGCAUGUAAACUAGGAAGAAUGGAAGAUGCGAUGGAGUUGGUAGAAGAAUGGAUGAAAGGUAGGAAAAUGAAGCUUUGGGAAAUGCAUUAUAGGACUUUGAUUGAUGGGUAUUGUCUACGAGGGGAACCUUGGAAUGCAUUAUACAUGUUUCAGGAAAUGAUGCGCAACGGGUAUAGACCAGAUUCCACCACUUAUCAUGUGCUUGCUCGUGGCUUCCAAGGAUGCGGCGUUUCCCUUCCUCUCUGCAUGUUAUUCAAGCAUACAUGUUAA